CCGGGUAACAUGACCGGCUAUUUCCAGUGAACACUCAAGCCACCAACACAACCUCCCGGAUUCAUGACCAUUGUCACUAUAAGAGACAGCUAAUCUCAGUGACGCAAAUCUAAAAGUAGACUUCACUGUCAGUAGAUUAAAGUAACCGAGGAAGCCAACCUCCCAAAGUCUUUCUCUCCUUUUGCUGUGUUGUAGAGAUUUCAGUCACUGGGAUACACAGAUCUUCUUUGAUUGUGUUUCUCACUUGGAACUUGAAAGUAAACUGUUGCUUUGACUGCGUCGUAAGAGCUUGAUGAUGAAGGCAAGAACAAUCACUAAUGUCCAGUCUAAGAGAUCUACCAAGAGUGGAAGAAAAGAUCAGAAGCUGCAGAAGACAAGUAGCCAGAAAAAGUUGUUAGAACAAGAGAAACAAAAGGACGUAGUAGAGUCUCACAAUCUCUCAACAGUAGCUAGUGAUUCAACCACACAAUCAGAUCCUUCCGAGGCUUACGAGACAGUAGAUGUUCGUUACUUGGAUGAUGUAACUUUAAGAAAAGAGAAAGAUGCUGAUUAUGAACAAGAAGUUAAAGAUGCUCGUGAAGGUAACAAUGCUGAUGUCUGGGAAGAUGCUUCUAAUGGUGCUCUGAGUGCUGGAAGCGAGAACGAGUCCCCUGAUGUGACAGAGAAUAAUGGUGAGGAUGGAUCUUUGAAAGAGAAGAUUGAGUAUCUUGAGACGAGAAUCGAGAGACUUGAAGAGGAGCUUAGAGAAGUUGCUUCACUCGAGAUUUCUCUUUACUCUGUUGUCCCUGACCAUUGCAGCUCAGCUCACAAGAUUCAUACCCCUGCUAGGCGUAUCUCUAGAAUCUACAUUCAUGCUUGUAAGCAUUUCACUAGAGGAAAGCGUGCUACCAUCGCUAGAAACUCUGUUUCUGGUCUUGUUUUGGUUGCUAGAUCUUGUGGGAAUGAUGUUUCAAGGUUGACCUUUUGGUUGUCAAACAUCAUAACUCUAAGGGAGAUCAUUUCACAAGCGUUUGGUAAGUCUCGUGUCACGGAGAGCUCUGAAGCUAAUGGGAGUGAGAAUAGUGAUUCAGGGAAGAAAACAAACUUGAGAUGGAAGAAUGGUUUGCAAGAGCUUCUUGAGGAUUGGCAAGAGACUGAGACUUUCACUGCUGCACUUGAGAAAGUUGAGCUUUGGGUCUUCUCUAGAAUCGUUGAGUCUGUUUGGUGGCAGGUCUUUACUCCUCAUAUGCAAUCCCCUGAGAACAACUCAUCAGCUUCUAAAUCGAAUGAGAAGCAAGGAACCUUUUCUAUUAGCCUAUGGAAAAAUGCUUUUGGAGAUGCUCUGCAACGGCUUUGUCCUAUGAGAGGCGCUGGACAUGAAUGUGGCUGCUUACCUGUUUUGGCUAGAAUGGUCAUGGAGAAGUGUGUUGGUAGAUUUGAUGUAGCAAUGUUCAAUGCUAUUCUACGUGAGUCAGAACAUCAGAUACCAACAGAUCCUGUCUCUGAUCCUAUUCUUGAUACCAAAGUUCUUCCUAUUCCUGCUGGAGACUUAAGCUUUGGAUCAGGAGCUCAACUUAAAAACGCGAUUGGUAACUGGUCUAGAUCCCUCACUGAAAUGUUCGGUAUGAACUCAGAUGAUUCAUUAGCAAAAGAGAAAAGAAACAGUGAAGAUAAUCAUCAUGAAAGUGAAGGCAGUGAUAGUAAAGCAUUUGUUUUGUUAAAUGAGCUUAGUGAUCUUCUUAUGCUACCAAAAGACAUGCUUAUGGAAAGUUCCAUUAGAGAAGAGGUAUGUCCAUCAAUCACUCUUCCACUUAUCAAGAGAAUACUAUGCAACUUCACUCCUGAUGAGUUCUGUCCAGAUCAUGUACCUGGAGCUGUCCUAGAAGAACUCAAUGCUGCCGAGAGCAAUGGUGAUGGGAAUGUAACUGAAGAAGCAAGCUUCCCUUAUGCAGCUUCUUCUGUUACUUACAAGCCUCCAUCGAGCAUGGAUGUAGCAGAAAAAGUUGCAGAGGCUGGAGGAAAGUUGUCAAGGAAUGUGUCUAUGAUACAGAGGAAAGGGUACACGAGUGAUGAGGAGCUUGAGGAACUGGACUCUCCUCUUACAUCUAUUGUCGACAAAACGAGUGAGUUUAAUGAUUCUGCGACCUCAAAUGCAAGAUACAAGCUUCUUCGUCAAGUGUGGGCUUAGUAAGCAGUGAUGUGGAGAGCUUCUGUUGUUACAUAGAUACUCUUUAUAAAGAAGGGAGUUAUUGUAAUAGCUUUAUGUAAUUUUUCAAGGGUGAUCUAAGGGAAAAGAUGAUACUGUUAUAUGCUUAAACAAGCAUCCUUUUAAGUUCUUUAGCAACUUCAAUCAUCUUUGGAACUUCUCCUACACACCCAGAGCAUCGCAGUGAGAGUAUAAAGAAAGUUUUUAAACUGCCAUUAUCUCUUCCUCCUUGCAGCUCUCCACCUUUGGAUCAACAAUCCCAACGAAUCCACCAUCUUCAACAGUUUGACAACAAGACUUGGUUGCAAUGCAGGCAAAAGAGUAAACAUGAAUGUUCCAAAGCCAUGGACAUCAGUGUUCUCUGUCACUAUCCCUGUAGCCAUAUAGUUGUGAUCAAGGUACCCAAAAGUUCCUUCUACAACCAAAUCUUCAACAAAAUUUUCUUCUUCUGGAAUCAAAACAGAGUUGUUGAACCCACUUAGCUUAGCCGUCCCUUCCCCAUCCAAGAAGAUGUUAAUAUCAUAUCUUUGUAGAUGAUACACUCAUUGAGAAUGCAAUGUUAAAGCGUCUGCAACCUCCUUUUCAAGUCUUGGCUUCUUUUGUUGACUAUUUCAAAGCAUUUUCUUAGAAAAGUCAAACAGCAACAGGCGUACUUACUUUCCUGUCGUGAUGUCUUUACCGCGAAACAUUCAUGUUAUAAAUUAUUUAUAUGGAAACAUCUCUUUGCACUACAAAUAUAUUCUUUAUUUUUUGGUAAAAAACAA